CCAGUCUCGUUGCGGCGCGCUCCCCGGCACCGUCGGCGCAACCGCAACCCCCCGCGAUCAGUAAACCUCGCUUUGAGGUUAGGGAUUUGGAAAGGAGUGAGCAGAGGGCGUGUUUGUGUGUGCGUGCGGCGCGCGCCCCUAUGAGUUUUUCAGCACACCUACGAAGACACCCCACCCCAACACGGAUUUGAGAUUAUUGGAUAUUGUCGACACAGUGCAGCGCGGACCCGUGGCAAGCAUGGCCACCUCAACGUCGUCUACGGGGCUGCUGCGUCAGGUGUGGCUAACAGGGGAGCUGCUGCCGCUACUGCUGGUGCUGCUCGCGCCACUCUCGGGGACGGCCACCAGUGUCUCCGGCUCGUGGCCGGUGCCGGGGUUCGGGGCCUCCAUGCCUCAGCCGUACAGGUGCCGCGUGGACUCUGCUGUGAAUGGCGUCCGCCACGAGUUCCGCUCCAGCGACAGCUCGGCUUACGUGGUGGGCGUCAAAGGGCCGUCGCCUGCAAUCAUCUAUCUGAUCGGGGACAACCCCGAGGCCGGGAGUUACCAGGUCCAGCUGACGCUGGACGAUCGGUCCAUGACCAUACAACGCGUGACACCGGACAGCUUCUCGCCAAGCAUCACGCAGACAUCCCCGCCCGGACUGCUCUCGGAGUCCUCCUUCAGGUACUUCUGGGUGCGCGCCGUCUCCGUCUUGGAUGAGGCGGGGGCCACCACAGGCGAGAUAUCCCUCGGCCGAGCCAGCGAGAACACUCCGCUGCUGUCCUACCGGGACGCUGACUUCGUCAUGCCAACCCAGAUUCGCUUCCGUGCCUCCGCCAUCUGGCUGCACAGCUGCUCCCCGUCCCCGCCAAAACCGUCCCUGGGUUGUCGACAGCACACUGUCACCGACCGCUACGGGUUUCAGCACGACUUCCCCAUCGCGGGCGAGACGGUGACCGUCGGGGGUUCCAAGGCAGUGCGCUUCAUGGUCAAGGGUCCCAGGGACUCGCACGUGCGCCUCAAGGGCACGCCCAGCGAGGUCUUCUACGAGAUCGACAUCAAUUUCGUCAACAAGAUAGCCAUCCAAAAGGUGUCCCAGUACCUGGACAUCACGUCGUGUCACAACUGCUUGUCGCCGCUGGAGUUUAGGCUGUUUACGGUGCUCUACAACGACACGACAAUCAGCCUGUUCGAGGGUGCCGAGCUCGAACACCCCAAGGUGUCGGCCCAGCUGCAGCCUGGCUUCAACAUCACGAGCAUCAGCUUCGCGUCCAUGGGCUCCGGCGGCCAGGUGCACUGGCUGCACGCGUGCCAGGGCGAGGCCGCCGCCCUGCCCGGGAACGCCGUGGACGUGGUCGUCCCCCGGGGCCGGACCACGGCGCCGCCUCCGCCUCCGCGCGAGGCGCAGCGCCCGAUGACCAUCAACACCACCACGCUCCUGCCCGGCUGCCGCAUGGUGCACACCUUCAAGUACCACUUCGACGGCUUCUUCGCCCUGAGCGAGGAGGGGUGGGUGAGCGGCCCCGAGAGCGUGCUGGUCUUCCGCGUCCUGGGCCGCAAGGACAUCCACCUGCAGCUCGCGUCGUCCAUCCCGCCUAACGUGGACGACACCUACGAAAUCGACAUUGACUUCUACAACAACACCAACCUGGACCGCGGCAAGGAGGUAAAGGUGGCCUCUACGCAACACCCACCCGUGUUGUCGCCCACCGAGCUGCGCACCUUCGUGCUCCAGCACAACCUCAUCACGGGCUUGCUGAACCUGACCGCGGUUAGCACCGGUGCGCCCCGCACCCUCCUCCUCUGGCGCGACCCGAGGCCGUUCGCCCUGCGCUACUUCAGCGUCAGCUCUGGCUCCAGCGCCGGCAACGACACCACCUGGAUAUUCGGCUGCGAUGGCCAGCACCGCGACCACGUCGGCAGGGACGCAGCCCGCGCGCGGACCGGCUGCUCCGCGCCGCUGCUCACCUUCGCGUACUCGCACUCGCAGUACUUGUCGGUGGAGCGCGAGGGGGAGGUGGACGGGCCGCGCCGCACCCUGCGACUCUACCUGCGCGCGCUUGCGUCGGGACACAUCCGCCUGGAAGCGGCGCUGCCGCCCGGCGUGGACGCGCUGUUUGAGAUAGACCUGUCGCACGAGGGCAACACGAGCAUCGACAGCCUGGGCAAGCGGGUCGCGACCGUGCGCAUGCCGGGGCUGCUGUCGCAGAGGGAGGCGCGCGGCUUCUGGGUGCGCCAGGACACGGCGGCGCGGACCCUGGCCGUGGGCAAGGAGGGCAGCGACACGCCACUUCUGUCCUGGACCGCGCCCGCCUCCAGCCGCUUCCCCCCGUUGCGCUUCUUCAGCCUCGCCACGAGCAGGAGCGUCGGCAACGGCACCUGGGUCUACGGCUGCAAGAACGGGAGCAGCCCUGGCGAGGUGCCUGUUCUGGAUUCCGUGGCCGUGGAGGAGUCGGUGCCCUCGUUCGAAGAUGAACUUAUGCCCAGUGUGCUGUCGGCUACCCAGAGACUGGACUUCUACCUCCAGGAGCUGCAGCUGCAGCCGCCCGACGGCACCGCGAUCGGCGUGCGCCUGCACCUGUCGCGCGUGAUCAUCAACGACCUGGACGGCACGGUCGAGCUGCGCGGGAACCUCCUGACCACCUGGCACGACACUAGGGGAGUGUGGGAGCCCAAGGACUUCGAGGACAUACAGGACGCGAGCAACAGGCAGUUGGAAUCGUCGUGGACACCCACUUACACCAUCCCGAACGGGGACGUGAUGGUGAACGGGCUCAUGCACGUGCGCCACACCGGGGACGUGCGCUGGGAGGGCGCGCUACACGUGCAGUCUCAGUGCAUGCUGCAGGCGCGCGACUGGCCCCGCGACCGGCACACGUGCAUCAUCGAGAUCGGGAUCGAGUCCGCGCACCGCCUCCAUCUGCUCGACGGCCGCGGGCACCCCGGCGCCUGGGUGGAGCCUGGGGCCUCGCACCCGCUGUGGGUCCUCGAGGAGAAGGGCUUCUCCUUGGUCGUCAGAAACGAGUCGGGCGGGCGCGGGCCUGCGACCUCCACGUACCUGAGCAUCACCGUGACGCUGAGCCGUGCCUCCCCCGUGCUGCACCACCUCCUGCUCGCACCCUUCGUGGUGCUGGUGUCACUCUGCCUCCUGGCGUACUGGGUGCGAGAGCCUCUGCCCCGCGACAAGGUGCUCCUGGGCGCGGGCGGGUUGCUGCUGCUGGUGUUCUCCUUCAUAGUCCUGGAGGCCGCCUGUCCGCCCGCGCUGUUCGGCAUGCCCCACAUCGUCGAGGUGUACUGCUGGUGCAUGCUGACCGUGGCGCUGUCCGUCACUGUCUCCUGCGGCAUGACAGCGCUGUCGAAGGAUGUCCCCGUCCGCCGCCCGCCCCCGCUCCUCUGCAGGCUGCUGUCGGCGCCGCUCGUGCAAACGUUGUUGCUGCUACACUCGGAUCAGGUUCAACAAAGAUGUGCAGAAUAUGAGCUGAGUCCUGAUUCAGUGGAUUAUGUAAAGGGAAGCCCUCAGGUGUACUUUCGGUUUGAUCAAGAAAGAGCGGAUGACUGCAAGUGUAAUGACAAAGAAUGUAGCAAACAAGUUGCUGCAGAAGCACAGUAUUACUGGGCUCUGCUUGCAUUAGCCUGUGAGAGGGUGUUGUCAGUCAUAUGCUUCAUCCUGUUACUAUGUGCUCUAAUUGUUGUGAAAUUAUAGAUGAUAAUCAAUA